GUAAACUCAUUGUCCAUCAUGGAGCACAUCAACAAGAUCUUCCAAGAAGAAGGGUACCCCAUUGUCGUCGAAUAUAGCUCAACCUUUGGGAAUCACGCCAAGGCAUCACGAAACAUUCCUCAGGGUGAGGGCCUCUUGCGAGCAAUACCAUAUGCAGCAGAAGUUUUUGACAACUAUAGGAAACGGAUGUGUCACGUCUGUCUCCUAUAUCAUAAUCGAAAAUCAUUCACGUUCCGAUGUCAGGAAUGUGAUCAAGUAUACUAUUGUUCUGAAGCCUGUAAAGCCGUCGCGAUGGAUUCUCGAGGAGGAGCGCAUGGCAAGGUCUGCAAGACCCUUCGAAAAUUAGCCACAUGGAACUCUGAUCGGCAUACAAAGAGUAUCAUUAAGCUAUUACUCCAAGUACUCAUGAAUCAUUGGAGAGAGCGACAAGGCAUUCCAACAGCAUACCAGAGUCGAAUGACGUAUCAAGUGAUCAAAGACAAACGUAGAAAGGACGAAAAUAAGGCCCAAGUUAAUAUUAAUGAUUGUAGUAGUCAAACUGAGGUCAGUAAGGCGAUAGAUCGCGAAGCUGCGGGAGAUAAUCUGACAGAAAGGCUAGAGAUUUCAUUACAUGUUAAGGAAUCCGAUGACCCUGCAAAUGGAGAAACCCAGAGCCCGUCAUCAUCAUCAGUACCACCAUCGCCUCUACAAGUAUUGCAGGGAAAACUCUCGGGAGCAGAGGCUGAUCUCACAGACACUGCAGUUCAUCAGACUGAAGCUGCGAUAGAUAUUAAACUAAAGCCUAAGCAUGAGUUUGAAGAACCUGAGAUUAUUGACGAUCGUCAACGAAUUCAAGAACCUAUCGAGAACGACUUUUUUGAUUUCUUGCGAUUGCAAUCACACUUUGAAGACUGGGAUGAAGAAGACACUAAAGAUUGGAACAAACAGUCGCAGACUGUGCUCUCGUUGUUGGAGAUGGCGGGUCUGACAGAGAUAGCGACCGAGCGUGGAAACAAUACCGAGCUGAGGACCUUGACAUCUCAAGACAUCAAGCGGUUGAUCAGCGCGUUGGAGAGUAAUGCAUUCGGAAUGUUUGAUCGAUCCAAAAAGAAACCUAUUUGCUUUGGUCGAGCAAUUUAUCCUGUUGCGUCGUUUUUCAAUCAUUCCUGUGAGUGUAAUUCAACUGCUGUCCAAGCUGACGGAACCCUAGACGAGUUGGACGGACAUGACGUUAUAGAUUACUUAGAGUUCGAAAAGAACGACAAUAGUGACAAUGACAACAUAGGCGAAGUUAGAGACCAGGAAACAAACGAUACCACAUCCACAUCCACAUCCACAUCCAUACCCACCUCUAGAUCAAUAACGUCGACAGUAGAAGAGCAAGAAAGGGGCGUUCAAGUACAGGAACAGGAGCAAGAACAGGAGCAAGAACAGGAGCAAGAACUUGACCAAGAUAACAGUGGUUCUGAGCCAGAUCUAGAAACAGUAAUGCAGCAGCCCGAGACCGACUCAUAUGACUCCAGAGUUGGUGAGUUUAGAAUGAUGACUUUUUUUGCCAUCAAGGACAUUCUCAAAGAUCAAGAUAUCACAAUCUCAUACAUUGACACAGAGAUGCCUCUACAUGCCCGUCGCCUUGCUCUCUUGACUGACUAUCACUUCCAUUGCUGCUGCAAGCGUUGUCUAAGAGAGGAGAUGAUAGGGUCGUCAUCAAAACAGAGUCACAAAACCAAAGGUGGAACCAAGAAAGGAGCAGGAGGCAGAAAAGGAGAAAAGGCAAGAAAAAAGAAGUCAAAAUAGACUUAAAUCAUUGAUCAUCAUUAAAAC